CUUUAACAAUUGGUGAAAAAUCUGAUGGACCAUGUUUUAUCACAGUGGCUUCGGGCUGGACCUUUGGCUUUAGGAGUGUGCCUUGAGCGAACAGUUCAGUUAGGAGCUGGAUCAGGCCCUCUGUGUUCCCCAGCAGGGCUGUAAAUCAUUCCUUCACCCUGAUAUAUAGUAAUAAGUCAUGAACAUUACACCAUCAGACAAAUCUGCUUUCUGUAAAACUCCAAGCAAUAUGUUGUAGGUGGAGAGCCCAUUUAUAAUCCAGCUGAGGGGCCUAUCGGGCUUGAUCCAGCUUCUGGUUGAGCUGGUGGCUCAGAGAGCACUCUUGUACCCAGAGAAUCGGUUUGGAGCCAUUAUCCUUCUCUGAUUUCCUCAGCAACUAUAGCCUAGGAGAUGGCAACUAGCAGUGAUAACAGUGCCUUGUGGAUUGAUUGCAGUUCGAUUCCAUGCUCUGAAGUGGAGCAGCUAAUGCCAAGCCAAAAUCUAGUGACAGAACAGUCACGGGCCACUUCUUCCUCCCUCAGUGCUUCAGAAUGGCCAUUGAAACGUUAUGGCAGAUUCAUGCCUGGAGGACUGGGCCCUACCUCAGGUUCCUGGAAGGUUUUGGAGUCAAAUAAAGAAUCUGGCUUUCUUGUUCUCACCAUAGUUAUUUCAGGCCAUUUCUUCAUUUCCAGAGGAAAGGAAGUACUGGAAGGUUUUUCGUUAAUUGAUGCUUCUCAGUGGUUGAAGAUAGUAAGAAAUGCAGAUAGUAUGCUAUUUGGUUCAAAGGCAAAGGACAAACACCGUAUGUUUCGUGUUCAGUUUAUGGGAGACUCCAAAUCACAGGCAGAGGAGCACUGCCAUAACUGUGUGCAGAAGCUUGCUGAUUAUGUUCCUGUUCAAGUAAUAGAUCCAGCAAGACAGGAGCCAUCUCAGAGUCACCGCCUACUUCCUGAUGAUGAAGCGCAGAUGCCAGAUGCUGAGCAAAAUACAGCAAUGCCACAUACUGUUACAGUUCUUCCACCACCACAAGGAAGAGUAUCUGUGGCAAAGCUAGCACAGAUGGCAAGUAGUUCCAUCUGUCAGUCUGUGUUCUUGUCGAGAGGAAGCCCUACUUCAGCCUGGAGGUGUCUGCUAUCCUGAAUCUUUGUGCUACCGAUGACCUGCAGAAGCCAUCAAAAGUCUGAUCUCCUCAUUUUGGGGUAAUCCACUGAUGAGGAUUCAUCUCCCCUUAUCUGUUCAUCUCAACAGGUUAAAGAUAGCUAAUAACAAUCUUCCUCUUCCUCCAUUCUUUCUUCUGGCUUAUCCUAACUACCACCAGCACUAAAUCAUU